AUGAUGCGAAACAUGACUCCGCUGCAUGACGCAGUCAGGUCAAAGUGUACUGGCUGUGUUGAGAACUUGUUGAAAGCCGGCGCGGCAGUGAACCAGACGGCAGAAAUCUUUGCCAGCGCAGGUGUCACGUUCAUUCCCAUGGAAGAUGUCCGGUACGGCUAUGAAGAGCAUGAUGCCGUAUUGGCCAAUGUAUCAGCAUUGCACCUGGCAGCGGCCCAUGGCUGCGAGGGUUGCAUUGAGGUCUUGAUUGACAAACAUGCAAACAUCCAUGCGGAGAGCAUCCUUGCUGACCACGAUGUAUUGUGGGACCACAACAGCGGGUAUAGGAAUUCGACACGAAACAACAAUU